UUAUUAGAAACUAACCAUUAUUUGAUAAAUAAUUAAUAGUGAUUAACUUUAAAAUGAUGGUAGCAGAAGAGCAUGUGGAUUUUUCAUUUGAAACUAUUGCUGAAGAUCGAUCAUUAGUACAUUUCUUGUUGAAGAACAAAAAUGAAUUAGAUGAAGAUGAUGAAAGUUUUUGUCAGCAAUAUAUAGAAAAUCUUGCUUCAAAUGGUUUAUCAAAUUUAUCAAGUAUUCCAGAAAGCAUAAAUCAAGAACGAAAAAAUGUUACAAAGAAGACACAAUCUCUUGCAUUUGAAAAUUAUCAAACAUUCAUUCAAGCUGCCGAAUGCUCCUCAAAAGUUUAUAAUGAUUUUAAUAUUAUGGAAAGACAUUUGAACUCAACAUUGGAAAAAUUACCCCAAUUUAUAGAAAAGCUUAACUCUUUUGAAAAGUCUUCAUUAAACAUUAACUUAUGUCGAAAACAAAAUUCAUUGGUGUUAUCAAAACAUACACAGCUUCUUGAAAUAUUAGAAGUCCCUCAGCUUAUGAACACUUGUGUUCGAAAUGGUAACUAUGAAGAAGCACUGGAUCUUAUGAGAUUUGUUCGGGGCCUGGAGAAAAAGUUUUUUUCCAUUCGAAUUCUAGUGGAUAUUGGAUCCAAGGUAAAUAGUUUUACGCAACUUAUGUUGAACCAGUUACUAGAGCAGCUUCGUGAUAAUAUCCAGCUUCCUGCUUGUUUAAGAAUUAUAAGCUAUAUUAGAUUGUUGGAUGUUUUUUCUGAAUCUGAACUCAGGCUAACAUUUUUGCAAGCAAGAGAUUCUUGGUUAAAGAGUUUGCUGCUGGAUAUACCGCAAAAUGAUGCUUACACAUAUCUUGUGAAAGUAAUAGAAGUGAAUCGUGUGAACUUGUUUGAUAUAGUUACUCAGUAUAAAGCUAUUUUUUCUGAUGGGCAUCCUAGUUAUUCAAAAGAUAAAAGCUUUAUACUUCAGUCUUGGAUCACAAGAAAGAUUUCAGAGUUUGUAUUAGUAUUAAGCAAGAUGUUAACACCAGAAUUAAUUUGUCGUAUGGAAUCAAUAUAUAGUCAUUGUAUGUAUUUUGGUCUUUCAUUUAGUCGUAUUGGAGCUGAUUUUAGAGGGCUUCUUGUUCCCAUUUUUCAAAAAGUGAUUCUUCACCAUUUCAAACAUACUGUUGAUAUUACCACAACCAGGUUUAGAGACAACAUUCGUGUUUAUACAACUUUUGACCAUAAAAGAAAGGAAAAUGAAAAAAAACUGUUCAAAAGUGAUUCUUUUACACCUCCACAUCAUCUCCUGUGUUUUCCGCCAAUUGUGUUUUAUACAAAUGGUAUUUUAGGUGCUUUUAAUGAUUUAAGACAGUUUCCAGCUCUCUCUUUUGUUUUUAUUAUUAAGAAAAUCAUUCAAAGUUCGUUAGAAAAGUCAAUGUCAGCACUUGAAGAGUGGGCAAGGUUGGAAUCUCAAUCAACCAAAAAUAUUGAGGAAAUCAGAAUACUUUGUCAAAUGAUUUGUAUGCACUUUCUACCAUUUAUAAAACAAGCAUUUGAAAUGUUUUUUCCUGCAAUACAAAUGAGUGAAAUGAUUGCUCGUUUACCUUCUAGUCAAGGAACACAGUUCUAUUCUUUGGAUAUCAAAUACUUGCAAAAUUAUUUAAAAGACUUUGUGGAUAUUUCUACUUUAAAUGAAGACGUUUUGAUUGGAAUAGAAUCAAAUAAAGAAACAAUUGGAAUAGAAUCAAAUAAAGAAAUGAUUAUAAUAGAAUCAAAUAAAGAAUAAGUUAUAAUA